GAGAAAAUCGCUCCGUUUCACGUCACUGACCACAAAAGCAAGAAUGAAACGAGGAAGGAGAGAGAUGAUUUUAUAUUCUCGGAGCUCACGCGUGACUUUGCAUGAUUUUUAUAUUACGUACUCGGCCACAGCAAACGUGUAAUAAAUGAGAAAAAUGGGAACCGAUAGAAAGUGGCUUAACCGCAAAUUAAAAUGCGCGAGUCAAGCGGAGAUAUUGCGAGCGCAUCAACGGGAUGACGAUUUCGUGAAACAUCUGAGACAGAAACUAUCCGAGAUACUGCAAAACGUUGGAGUACAUAGAACGUUGUUUCAAUGCAUUCAAUCCGACAUUCCGCUUAAAUUAGUGUACUUUGUUUUCACGUCGGGGAUGGGGAAUCAAACAUUGGGCGAGGAAUACACCGGCAUAGUACAGGCUAAUCUAGAGGCGCGCAAAGUACCAACAUUAACUGUCAGAGUAUUGGCUGCGAUUUUGGAAUGCCUCGGAGAAAGAAUAUUACUCAAAUUAUUAGGGCAGUGUCAAGCGUACGUGAAUCAUCCACAUAGCCAGCUGACACCAACAGCGAUAACAAUUUUUAAUACCUUCCUGUCCAAAUUACGCACAAUGAUACCUAUAAUUGUGCUAUUCCACAAAGGAAUAUUUUAUAUAUAUGGUAGAUACUAUAGUCUGGGUAGAAGAAUUGCAGGAUUAGAUCAUACAAAGGUAUACGGACCUCGACCAGUCGAUACUGUCAGCUGGGGAUUAAGGCUAUUAGGAAUUGCUACUUUAAUUCAAUGUCUACUUAGAACUUGGCAGUGUAGCACGAAGCAAGACACUACAAUCAUAAGUGUAUCUAAUACAAAAUGUAUUAGUCACAGUUGUCAGUUAUGCCUCGAAGCAACAGCAACAACUGCAACAUUAUGUGGUCAUUUGUUUUGUUGGACUUGUCUCAGCGAAUGGUUACGUGUCAAACCGCAAUGUCCAUAUUGCAGAGAAUAUGUUCCACCAUCAAGAAUUAUACAUAUAAUGAAUCUAUAACUUUCUGUGAUAAUUAAUUAUAUUCCUUGAAUAUAUA